CACGUCUUGGCGCCGCCGCGGUUGUCCCUUUAAAAAAAAAAAAAAUCCAAGAGAUCCAAGGCCAAUGAUUUAUCAAACUCCUAUUAUCAAGGAAAUGUCACGCCAAGGGCACCUUGCGCGGCGCCACUGACGCAAACUCUUUCCCACGGACCUAUAGAAAAGCUUUGCACUUGGUGCCUUUUACGCGGCACCGAACCAGUCCGCCUCCCAGUUGUCGUCGUCUCCUCCUCUGCUUUUUUAAAACAGCUGUGUCCAGCUUCAGCCCUCUGCAGAGCUCCGGAGGAAGAAGAACAAACACACACACAUGGAUUUCUCCGAGCACCAGAGGGACAUGGCCAAGCAGCCGGCCGGCGGCAGCGCGCCCCUCGCCGGCUACAUCCCGGCGCAGCAGCCCGACGGAGCUGCGGGACUUACAACAAACACACCGGACAACGCCGCCGCCGCUGCCGGGUGCCCGACGCCCGCCCCUCACCACCACCACCACCACCACCACCCGGCGCCGCAGCCCCCCUGCAACGAGGGCAAAACUUUUUGCCCCGCGGAAAACAAACCUGCGGACGCGGACAGCAACAGAGCGUACGGGACGUUUAAAAACAGCCCGACGGCGCCGGGCUCCGUGGCCCUCGCCAGGGACCCCGCCGGCUCGGCCCGCGGGGGGCCCGCCCAGGAGCAGAACAACACCGCGGGCAACUGGACGGCCAUGAGCCAGACCACCAUCGUCCUGGGGACAGAUGGGAACACGUCUGUGCAGCCCGGCACCGUGGCGGGGGCUGACGUUGGUGGUGGUGAUGAUGAUGAUGAUGAGGGGGGCGAUGAGAACAAGGCCAGAGGGAACUGGACCAAUAAGAUGGACUUUAUUCUGUCCAUGGUGGGCUACGCGGUGGGCCUGGGGAACGUGUGGAGGUUCCCCUACCUCGCCUUCCAAAAUGGUGGAGGCGCUUUUUUGAUCCCCUACCUGACAAUGUUGGGCAUCGCCGGGAUCCCCAUCUUUUUGCUGGAGGUGUCCCUGGGACAGUUCGCCAGCCAGGGGCCCGUGUCAGUGUGGAAGUGCAUCCCGGCCCUACAAGGUUGCGGGAUUGCCAUGUUGAUAAUAUCUGUCUUGAUAGCCAUAUACUAUAAUAUUAUAAUGUGCUGGACACUGUACUACCUGUUCGCUUCGUUGAAGGGCUCACUGCCAUGGGCUAACUGUAGGAAUGAGUGGAACACGGUGGAAUGUAAGGACAAAGACAUGCUGCUGUUAGACACGUGCAUCCUGCGGGAAAGAAACAUCUCCUCCAUCAAGAACUCGUCUUUCUGUCUGUCCGCCAACGCGGUGGGGAACCUGUCGAAGCUGCUGAACAUGACGGUGGACGGCAACACGACCUACGUCAGCCCCAGCGAGGAGUACUUCAAGUACAACGUGUUGCACAUCUCCAAAGGGAUUGAGUUUCCCGGAGACAUCCGCUGGCCCCUGGCCGGUUGUCUGUUCCUGGCCUGGCUCAUCGUCUACGCCUCUUUAGCCAAAGGAAUCAAGUCGUCGGGGAAGGUGGUUUACUUCACCGCCACGUUUCCCUACGUGGUGCUCGUCAUCCUCCUGAUCCGAGGAGUGACGCUGCCCGGUGCCUUCGACGGCAUCCUCUACUUCAUCACACCAAAGUGGGAGAAGCUCAACGACGCCAAGGUGUGGAAAGACGCCGCCACGCAGAUCUUCUUCUCCCUGUCGGCCGCCUGGGGAGGCCUCAUCACUCUCUCCUCUUACAAUAAGUUCCACAAUAACUGCUACAGGGACACUAUCAUCGUGACGUGCACAAACAGUGCCACCAGCAUAUUCGCUGGGUUUGUCAUCUUCUCAGUCAUUGGUUUCAUGGCACACGAGUUGAAGGUGCCGAUAGAGAAGGUGGCGGACGAAGGUCCAGGCAUAGCGUUCGUGGUGUAUCCAGAGGCUCUGACCCGACUUCCCCUGUCUCCGUUUUGGGCGAUCAUCUUCUUCCUCAUGCUCCUGACUCUCGGCCUGGAUACCAUGUUCGCCACCAUCGAGACCAUCGUGACCUCCGUGUCGGACGAGUUCCCCAAAUACCUGAGGAAGCACAAGCCGCUCUUCACCCUGGUCUGCUGCGCCUGCUUCUUCUUCCUGGGCUUUCCGAUGAUCACAGAGAACGGGAUGUACAUGCUGCAGCUGGUGGACACUUUUGCGGCCUCCUACUCUCUGGUCAUCAUUGCCAUCUUCGAGCUGGUGGGGAUUUCGUACCUCUACGGUCUGCAGAGGUUUUGCGAGGACAUUGAGAUGAUGAUUGGCUUCCAGCCGAACCGAUUCUGGAGAGUCUGCUGGGCCUUUGUGACUCCCACCAUUCUGACGGGCAUCCUGGGACUGAGUCUGUACCAGUGGAAGACGAUGACGUACGAGGACUACACCUACCCCGGCUGGUCCAUGGUGAUGGGCUGGCUCAUGGUGAUCUGCUCCGUCAUCUGGAUCCCCAUCAUGUUCCUCAUCAAGAUGUACCUCGCCCCCGGCUCCAUGGCGGAGCGUCUGAAGCUGGUCUGCUCCCCUCAGCCCGACUGGGGUCCCUUCCUGAUGAAGCACCGCGGCGAACGCUACAAAAACAUGACGGACCCCCUGGGAACCAACUCCCUGGGCCUCAAACUGCCCCCCAAGGACUUCCAGCUCGGCUCCUACCAGUAGCGGCUGCCCCGCCGGCACCACCCACCCACCACCGCCACUUCCAACCCCUGCGGGGGGGGGGGGGACACACACACACCUCCCUCGUCCUGCCAUCCACGCUUCACCCUCUCUUUGCUGCCCGUCUCCCUCGCCGUAUCGUGGCUGUUUUGAGACCAGGCUUCCGUUUCCUCGUCUCUCUUUUCCCUCCGACAGUAGCGCCACUCCCUCCCUCCCUCCCUCCCUCCUUCCCCUGGUGGAGGAGUGGCCGCCCAGGUGGAGUUUACUCCGCCGCCGCUGCUUCGUACUCGAUUGAUGGGCCUUCAUCGCCUCCCACACAUGACCACUGAUUGCUCCGGAGCCCUUCCCGGGGAUCUUUAUUCCAAGAGAAAAAUUGUGCCGUGAAACGACACGGCUCGGACUGCACUCGCAAUAUUAGGCCUCGCCAUGGCUGCUCCCUAUGGAGUCGUGUGUGUGCGCGCGCGUGUGUGUGUGUAUAUAUAUGUGUGCGUGUGCGUGCCGUUAUGUUUGUGUGUAGAGAUAAUGAAUCGUCUUCCCGAAAGCAGACAAAGGGGAAAAAACAAAAAAGGAAAGAGAGAGAGAAACGGUUGGACGAGCCCGGCGGGGAUCUGUAGUUUUCGUUCCGUCUGUGUUCAAAGUUCCAUCGACCGUACGAACACUAUCCUUGGCAGAAAAAGAAGAAGACACACCGUGUGCACUGUUGUCACAUUUUGUUCCCAUCCAGCAGCAACACGUGUACUCGCGCUGGAUUCCGGCUCAGUCGCUCUCGUUGUUUUUGUCCAAAAAUUACAAGACGGGCAAAUUGUAGUGUGCCUCCUUUGUCCCGGUCGACGAUCACCGCUCUCAGUAGACACACUUUGGCCCCGGUCGACGUUUCUCCUCUCUGAACCCGAGGGACCGUUUGUGAUCCCCCUCUCUCUUUCUCUAUUUAGUCGUAUACCUGCCGUAUUAUUAUCCUAGAAUCGAAAGCAGCCACCUUCCUAAGUAUAGCUUACCCUCUUUCCUUUAGUAGACGAAAGCGUGGCCAUUUAACCUAAGUUAUAUACAUAUAUAUAUAUAUAUUUAAAUGUAGCAUAAACAAUAACAUAUGUAUUGCUUCCAGCAGAGGAGAGAGCUGGCAAGAUAGAUACUUAGAGAGAGCGUGUGUGUGUGUGUGUGUGUGUGUGUGUGUGUGUGUGCACUUAGUGUCCAAACCACCGUGUUUCUCCCGCUAGCCGUGCUAAUAUCUCGUACACCUCUCAGACGAGCUCUCCUUUAAAAGACGUAAGUGUGCGUGGUCGUUCUCACAAUAACCGGAGCAGCCGCCGCCGCCGCCACGCGCGCGAGUAGGCGACGAUUAGGCGACGGUUAGACUAGAAGAAGAAAAAAAUAUGGCCGCCUCCUCUUUCCCUGGAAGUGUACUUCGUCUCUUGUUGUUUGUGGUAGAGCGCCCGAGACCUCGUUGCCGUUUCAGACGCGCGCCCCUUCGCUUCCUCUGCGCGUCUCCUCGUGAUAACAGGGUCUCAGGUAUCUUCGAUUGUUCCCGCGCGGCCGCCGCCACCGCCGCCGCCGCCGCCUUGGCAGUCGUGGGAACUGUCAAGCGCUUUCGCCGCAUAGGAAACAAAGAGAGCAGAGCCAUCCUGAUGUGGGAAUUGUGACGGACGCGGCUUGGGGAGGGAGCGCGUUGCGAAGAAGAAGAAAACAAAAGAACGCGACGUCACUUCUCCAAUUUUUGUGCUGACCGUCGCUUAAAAUGCGCCUUGUAGUGAUCAUACAGGAUGUGCGAGUUAUGACUUAACCUAUUCUGAGCAACUGCGUGCAGAGCUACAUCGAGUAUCUUGCUUUUCACUUUGUCUAUAACAUGGUUAGAUUGAAACCUACUUAGGGUUACUUUAAAAAAAACAACAACAGAAUACCUUUCCUGACCGUCAAUACACAAAUCAGUUUUAUUUGCAUAUGCAGAAAAUGAAAGGCUGUUCAUCCAAAUUACCAAAUCACUGUUUCUUUUGGCUGCUGCAUUUCGGCGUCACAACAGUGGAUCAUCAUCUGCAUAUUAAAGUUUUUACGCCGGAUGCCCUUCCUGAUACGACCGUCGCAUUAAUCUUAACAAUGCGCUCUCUUGUGUUGGGUUUGACGCGCCGGCGGGAAAUCAAUAGAACUAAUCUCCCUUAAAGUCCUGCCGCCAACUGUGUGUGUGUGUGUGUGUGUGUGUGUGGCGUGUGGCGUGAAGUUAAUCUCCAGAUGUAACACCGCGGCAGCCUGUAGGAACCGUCCGGCGCCGCUCAGCGGGCGGUCCGACUCGGCUUUGUAGACUUUUUUCCAAAUGUGACACGACAGGCGGCCAGCCUUUUUACUUUGUGGGCUGCCAACUAAUCACCUUCAAAGAAUCACCAUGUUCCCACUCAGAGGCAAUUAGUCUUAGUCUCUUUGUCUUUUUCCUUUCAAAGCGUUGGCUGGUCGGAUAUGCAUUUUUCCAUGUUGACAGAAAGUCCUCAAAUGCGCUUAACACCGCAGGGCAUUUAAUUGAUGAGUGGUAUGCAAGUGUAUUAAUGGGAGGCGGCAGGUAUGGAUGCAAUAACGUUUGCAGUUAAACGGUUAUUUCUCUUGCGUUUAUUUUUUCAAAGCCAUGUCCGUCCAUAACCUUGACAUGAAACAUAGCACAGAUGAGAUAUUUUUUAAGAGGCUCGUAAAGAAAAACAUUAAUCAAUUAAUGAGCACAAACGCCCUGUUAUUAAAAUCGCUCGCUUGCUCCACGGUGCUGCUUUGGUUAAGUCCUAGUGCGUUUAGCUCUCUAUGUUCAAAUAUGAUAAUAAUGUAUGUCUGUCCAUGUGUGUGUGUGUGUGUGUGUGUGUGUGUGUGGGUGUGUGUGUAUGUGUGCGCGCGUUGUCUCUGUGUUCGUUUUGACUGAAAUCCACGUAACUGUCAAUCAGAUUUUUGCAUGGCCGAGUAGAUUAACCGAUUAAGGAAGCGGAGGAGAUCUACUGGACUUUUUUCUUUUCCCACCAGGAUCUUUUUCGGACGGACACGAGGACCUUUAGAACAGCAUUUUGUGAACUCGAGCCGGGCGAAGCAAAGGUUUUAACUCCUGAUGAGCUCCACAGAGAUUCAAUUCCGGAGCAGGGUGGGAGAUUGAAUUUGACGCUUUCCUUCAGGGCUACAGAGAAACAGCGGUAGGGUUCUGUGUCCCCGUGUUUCCAUCUCUUCUGGGCUUCUCUGCUUUUAGUUUUUUCAGGGAAAAAAAAUAAGAAAAAAAAUAAGAAUUGGACUAGGGAUCAGUUAAAACCGCGCCGCUUCAUAAAAUAUAACACUGACAAGCUUGCAUGUGCAGUUUGUGUUGCUGUAACUCAAUGUCCAUGUAUAGUAAAAACCUCGUCCUUUCCCUCUCAAUAGUAGGAGUCCAUGCAUGUUUGCUUUAGGGAGCUUUUCGUUCAACAUGAUAUGAAGAAACCGAGGGGUUCGUUGCUGUUGUUCUUCUUACAGAGGAAAAAAAGAAAAAAAAAAAGGAAAAACGGUCAAUUCGCUUUGCCCGCAAGUCAACUUUGGGCAGUAUAGGUAACCAAAGAAAGACUGUACUUCAACUGUAGGGUUUUAGUGACAACAGGAAAACAGAAAAAGAACAAAAAAAAAGAAGAAAAAGGAAUGUGUGAUCUUCGUCUAGGAGGUUGAGAUACUGCCAUCCAUGUCCCCACGUAGUGUUCCUCGAUGUUUGCCAAUACGUUACAGAACAUCUUCAGGUGACCAUUGGCCUUAUAGAUGUCCUCUAAUGGUAGAAUAUUGUAUAUGUAUUUCAGAACUAACACCACAGAAUAGCUAAUCGUCUGUCUCAUAUGGUACCGGUAUUCCCUAUUGUUACGUCUGUCGUGUCCUUUUUGGCACUUUACUGUGUGACCUAUGGACGCAUAGGUUAAAAUUUCUAAUUACUUGAGUAAUGUCAUAUAUUUCUGUGUUCUAUGUGAGGUACUGCUGCCUAUGGAUAUAGAUAUGUGCCUCUAACCGCCCAUGACAUCCUUUUUGAUUUGAAAAUAGAGAGUAGAUACUGUAUAUAACAAAUAUGUUUUAAAAAUUAUGUGUGAGAUGUAAAAAAAAAAAAAGAAGAAAGAAAAUAUAUAUCAUAUACAGUAUGUGAAAUGCAUCUAUUUAUUUUCAAUGUCAUCAAUCUUUGAGGUCCUACCUCAGAUUUUGUAUUUAUGUAUAGAAAUGCAAUUGGAUUAUAGUAUCUUUGCCAAUAAUAACAUAUCGCUAUUAUAUCAUGAAAUGUAUAACCUAUGAAUCAAUAAAUAAAUGUUAUUGUUUUCUU